CUUUGGCCGCUGGAGGGCGAGGGUCUCCAGAGGUAGAAGGGGCGAUGUGCUGAGGCGAUGAUGCGGCCGUCUGGCUCGAGGCUUCUCCCGCUCUUCUCCGUCCUCCUCCUCGGUUUCUUGCUCGGUUCCCCCCGCGGAGGCGGAGACUGUUUCUCCCGGGGGCCCCGGCGGAGCGGAGGACGGGCCCCAGGGCCCCCCAUCGUCCUGGUGCCAGGAGAUUUGGGUAACCAGCUAGAAGCCAAGUUGAACAAACCGUCUGUAGUGCAUUACCUCUGCUCCAAGAAGACAGACAGUUACUUCACAUUAUGGCUGAAUUUAGAACUGCUGCUUCCGGUUAUCAUUGACUGCUGGAUAGAUAACAUCAGGCUUGUAUACAAUCGAACUAGUGGAACCACUGGGCCACCAAAUGGGGUUGACAUCAAAGUCCCUGGAUUUGGACGCACUUUUUCCGUGGAAUUCCUUGACCCUAGUAAAAGAAGUGUUGGGACCUACUUCUAUACGAUGGUGCAGAAUCUAGUUGACCUGGGCUAUCAACGGGAUGAAGAUAUUAGAGGAGCUCCAUAUGAUUGGCGGAAGGCACCAGAUGAGAAUAAAGAGUACUUUGAGGCACUCCGCAAGCUGAUAGAGGUCCUGUAUGAAGACUACGGAGAGCCGGUGGUCUUAAUUGCCCACAGCAUGGGGAAUAUGUACACACUUUACUUCCUCAGACGGCAGACUCAAGACUGGAAAGACAAAUACAUAAGGGACUUUGUUUCCCUGGGUGCUCCGUGGGGAGGAGUGGCUAAAACCCUCAGAGUGCUAGCAUCAGGUGACAACAACCGGAUCCCUGUUAUCAGCUCCCUUAAGAUCAGAGACCAGCAGAGAUCUGCAGUUUCAACCAGUUGGUUGCUCCCUUACAACUAUACUUGGUCUCCAGAAAAGAUCCUUGUCAGUACACCAUCUGCGAACUAUACACUGCGGGAUUACCAUAAAUUCUAUGUUGACAUUGGCUUUGAGGAUGGCUGGCUUAUGAGAGAAAAAACAGAAGCCUUGGUCUAUGAGAUGUCUGCCCCAGGAGUGCGCAUACACUGUCUGUAUGGUACUGGGGUGGAAACCCCUGACUCUUUCUUCUAUGACGCAUUUCCAGACAAGGAGCCUAAAAUCUUCUACAGUGAUGGCGACGGCACAGUGAACUUGCAAAGUGCCUUGCAGUGUCAGAAGUGGGUGGGUCAACAGAAGCAACAAGUGAUACUCCAUGAGCUGCCAGGAAGUGAACACAUCGAAAUGCUCUAUCUUCCUCAGACCAUUUCCUAUGUGAAAAAGGUUCUCUUUGGCUCAUGAUGUAUUAUUGCAGAAUGCACCUUUUCUCUGACAUUUGAGGGCCUUUUGAAGAGGAGGAGGAGGGGAAAGAAGAAUGUUUGGCUAUUUUGGACCCCUCCUUUAAAAGCCUGUUUGUUUGGCUUGUUGGGACUUGCUGGGAAUUUGUUUUGAUGUUGGUUAAUGAUCACUUUUCUCCGGUUGGGGCUCAUAACACACUGUAACAUGUUGAAGAGUCAUUCCAACUGCAUUUAGGUAUCUCUGGUGCAAUGCCCACUGUACAUUGUAGGUGAAGAUUGUGCUAUGCUUACUCUCUGAGAUGUGGGGGAGGGCUUUAUUUUUCUCUGUAUACUGAGUUAAAAUAACAGGCAGCAGAGAUAACAUAGGUAAUGACUUUCUGAAUGGUCCUAAAUGCUGGAGCACAUACCAGUAGGGAAGCUGCCAUUAAGUGAAGUCCGAUCAGCACACACAUGAUUAUGUAUUAUGUUAGCUUGGUGCCAUCCAUUGAGAUCAUCUUUAUUCUUAGAGGAGAUAAAAAUACGUAUCUUGAUCUUACAUCACUAACAUAACGGUGUCAAUUUGGUCCUUGUUUGAGUAAAAAGCAGACUGGAGGAUUUUCAUAACUAUCACCUUUGGAGACUUUGAUUUUGCUCCAGUCCUAAAUAUCAGCAAAGAUUCAUAUUAAAUGCCUUCUGGAAAGUGGUGAACUCUCAGCAUUGUUGAGAGAUGUUGGCUUCUGUUUGAAUACUGAUGUGACGGACUGCAUUGUUCAAAGACCAGGGCUGUUCAAGAGAUGUUUUAGCUAGAUGCGCUCCUCCUUGGAAUCAUCCAAGUGGCCAUCCAACAGCAUUUGCAGGUUGCCAGCUGAGCUGUUGUUACAGAAGUGUGUCUGCUAUUAAAUUUGAGUUUGUAGCUGACUCUUUCCAGAAUCCUUGGCAGUGUCUUGAACUAGUUGAUUUUUCUUUAACUAUAGCCCCUUUCUGUAUUUAACUGACUUAAAAUGAUAAGAUACAGAGCUGUACAGACCCUGAUUAAAUACAGCAAUACAGCCACAGUUGCAAGGUGCCCCUAGCAAAAGGCAGCUGCCUUCUUCUGGGGCAAUGCUUGGCAGACAGCAAGGAUUUCCAAGUUGUCCAUAGUUGUCUCUCUCAAGUUUGGGAUCAGUUAUGCACUGAUGGCUCCUCAGAGCAGAUCCAUUAGAGUUUUCAAACAUUGCUUGCAAUGGCCCCCGCAAGAGCUUGUGGCCCUCUCAUGUGCUAAAAUCAGCAAAAGAAUGUGCAGCGGUUGUGUGCAUAAAAUAACCUGUGAUGCCUUGAAUCCAGCAUACUACUGAGGAUGGGUAAAUUCAUAGCGAUCAGUGUUUAGUUAAGACCUGUGAUGAAAAGCACAAAACUAGAAAUAUUUCAAUCAGUGACUUUACAGGGCUGCUUAUAUAACUUAAGACUUCAUUUGUGCCAAAAUCACCCCAGACUGAAAAUUAUAGUGCCCUGGAUAUCUGGACAUUGUAGGUGAGUUACACUGACCCAGACCUUUAGUAACAAAACAUGAAGAGUACAAAAAAGCAUAUGUGUCUCUUAGUCUUUGGACACUGUCCUUGCUAGACAAUAAAAGUAAGCAGAAUCUUCAGUGGUGGGUCAUGGCAUGAAACUUUAUUUUCUCUGCUACUGAUCUUGUGAAGCACUUUCAUAUGCUUUUGUUCAUCGAGAUUUUUUUUUAAUCCCAAAUCUUAAUGUUCUUGAUUGUUACGUUGCAAAUGUUUUAGAACAAUGUUGGUCCCCCCCCUCCCCAGAAACAAAUGCUUUUUUAAAAAAUGUAAAUUAUUUUUUGCCUUAAAGGAAUGUACAACCUUCUUCGUUCAACUUCUUGUUUUUCAGUAAUGCCCAUCUUAAGACUACUAACAGGCACUACAGCCAUGAUAAUAGAAAUAUCGGAAUAUUUUCAUCAGACAUCCUUUGACAGUUUGUACCCAGACUUGUCAGCAUAAAAUGGCUUUUAAGUGCGGUGGCGAGUAUUGCAAUGUUCAAGAUCGUGUUGCAAACACAACCUGCUAAACUGGCCCCGUCACUAAUUGAACUUACACUUGGCAGUAAAUCUGUUUGCAUCUUGUGCAUUGAGAUAUUUUCCAUCCUGCCCUGAUCUGUCUUACAGCUUCAAGGCACCAUUGUACUUGGCUACCUUCAAAGGAUGAGGAUGGAGAGUUCCUUUUACAUAUUGUUCCUGGUCUCGUGACUAAAAGUCAGGGCACCAUCGCGUUCAUGGCAAGGUUGUUGCUUGUUGAAGUUGUCUGUAUUGUAGCAGAGAAGUGAGUGACUAAAAUUGAUUACUGAGAAUCAAAUAUCUAAUAUUUAUUCAGUGACUUGCUAAUUUAUUUAUCAUGUGCCAUCAUUACGUAUGGCACUCAUACGGGUAACGUAAGCAAAAGAAUAGGUUUCUGACCCCAGGGGACUUCUAGUCUAAAUUACAACAGAAAGAGAGGGAGGGACUGAUGUGUUCAGGCACAUGUGCUUAGGCUUGGUUUCAUUUGUGGAUGAAGGCUAAGAGGUUUAGCCAUAAAGCCCAAGUCAGGUUUAUGGACAUUUUACCUUGUCCCACUAUGACAGGUAACUGGCAUCUGAUACUUUGACUUCUAGUCCUUUUCCAUUGUGUUCCAAGUACAGGUACAUCUCAGUCCCAUUUUGUAGUGCUAUCAACAUUUUACACAUUUGUUCAGAUUUCCAUUUUGCUCCACGCUAUUUAUUCCCAGACCAUUUAUUUAUCUGCAGUUGAAAUAAACAGGAGCAGGCAGGCAUUGCCAUAGGUGUUUCAUUGGUGUUUUUGUCAGUGAGGUGACUGUUGUUUCUCAUGUGGACUGGGUUUCUUACUGUGUAGUGACAGCUUACUUUGUCUUGUAGUAACAGUAGUAGUGCUGGCUGUAUUUUGAUCCUUUCUAUCAAAGCAAGAAAUCAAUGUGUGUAGCAUUUGCAGAACAAGUUGAGAGUGAUUUAUACCCACAUCUUAAUGUUGUGAAUGAUGGUCACUCACAAAUCAAAUGGCAGUGUACUGGACAUUUUGAAGUUCUUUCAAACUGUCUGUAGAUCUUGGUCAGAAUCUCACAGACUGUGGAUGUUAAAACUUGCUUUCCUCAAACAGUAGCCUUUCUCAAACAGUCCCAUGCCCAAACUGCAUUUGUAACAGGGUAGUUCCGAAACAGUUUUAUAUAUCGUGAUAAUCAAAAAAGUCAAGUUUCUCCUAGAGAUGCUGAACUGUGGUUGGCGAUCAUAAAAUAUCUCUUUGGAUCCUGAUGGCUGCUGUUGACCUAAGCUUAUGAAGGAAGUCUUUUCCAAAAGCUUGCUUCUUCAUGGUACCCACAGAAACUUGCAGACUUGUCCAGUUUUUGUAUGCACAUGACUUUCUUCCCAGACGGUAUUUUUUAAAAAUGUAAGUAACUUUAUGAGGACCAAAUGUACUUAACUCCUGAUACAAAACAAAAGUGCUGGAUGGAACUUCAGCCUCUUUUGAGUGUGAAAUUAUUAAUUCUGCUGCAAAGGGUCAGGGUCACCAUGUGAUUCUGUUUUAAAAAGGGCAGACUUUCCCACUGAGCAAUAAGUGCAAAGGAGCUGUUAGGCCAAAGUCGAGAAUUUCCUGCCAUGAUGCUUGUUUGUGGAGUACAUAGUGUUUGAGCUGUUCAGCUAUUCAGGGACUGAGCAACUACUUUCCUGUUCUCUGCUUCUAACAGUAUUUUGUAUAGAACACUGCCCAUUAAGGCCUCUUGUUUUUAUACACACCUUUGUCAGUGUUACGAAUAAGUUCGGUAAAUUUUUUUUUCAUAUUUGAUUGUCAUACUUUGAUAACACAAUAAAGUUGAUCAAAUGCUA